GCUGACGUAAGACGUGUGAACAACAAACAGUUGGUGGACUUCAACAAGCUAGCGAAUGGUAACCGCUAGACAAAACAGGUUCAACGUACUUCUCCCGGAUAGAGAAACACCUACUAAACCUGUGCGGUCGGAAAAUCUUUACGAUCUCGCAACAAAAAGAAGCAUUUGUACCGACAGGUGUAGCUCCGCCACGGUUCCCCAACGCAAACGUUAGCCAUUGAAACAUGCUCAUUGCGAGGAGUGUGACGCCUGUUUUUUUUCUGGCCGCCGCAGGUCGACGGUUGUGAUGCAAGCCGAGCAACACGACAGAGGGUGAGACUACAGCCGGAAAAUAAUUCUAUUUACAGGGAAGAAUGGACUUGGUCGGGGGGAAACAGACGGGCUCACGCAGAGAAGCUGGCACGCGACCAUACACGGGCCCGAACGUCAUUGUUGGGAAACAACUUUAGCAAGCUAGCUAACAUUAGCUCGCUCAAAAUUCAUGCAAAUUAAUUGGUUUGGUGUCAGGGCAGCAAGUUCACUCCGAUGGCGUUAUGGAGGCACCCUGAGUGACUUGUUCAUUCCACUCUGACUGUUUUCUUUAAUCUUGCUGGCGAUGUGUUGACGACAGUUAGCUUCUCUUCGGUUCCCUCUUGGAGCAAGGACACGGUUGGCAGAAAUUGUUACGCGUUGUUUGCCUUCCUGGGUCAUGGUAGUGUAGCAAAGUUGCCAGGUUUGGUAUACAGAUAAUUACUGGAACAGUAUCCAUUUCACACAGACUUUAGUGUGAAAUUGCAAUUUAAUUAGCAGUUGUUGUUUUUUAACAAUGCCCCAAAUCAUUUAAAUCCCCCCUAGAACAACAAGCAAGUUAAAAUAUAGAUAUAAUUCUCAGAUUGGACUUGAAUAAAAUUUCUUUCACGUUCGUAUUGACAGGCUUAUCCAUUUCUGUUGUUUCCUAAUAUCUAGGCGGUCUGGCACAGUUACGAUCUGUGAGUUUCACUGGAAAUGAAAACAUGAAUUUUGAAGAGCAGUGUCUAGAUUUGUGCAAUGUCAAGACAAAAAGUAAUGUGGCUGAUGAUCACAACACAACCAACAACACAGAAGGGGUCACCCCCCGCAUCUCUGAACUGAUGACGGACAGUAACACAGAAAAACAAAACAUUGUUCCCACAGAGGCCUCCGAGACGCACUUCAUGCCUCAGCUCACUGACAACCUUCAAGCAGCUGAGGAGGACAACCACCAGGCACAAGACCCACUGGAAAUUGACGAGGUCAAUGGAAAUAGAAAGAGCACUGCUCUAGACACUGCUGCAGUAGUGAAUCCCACUGACUUUACUUUUUCUAAUGAUGAACAGCGCAAGGCUGAUAUUGGGGGGUUGCAAAUGAAGGAAGAUAAAGACACUGAUCCUGCAACAUUGGUUGUGGAAGAAGGGGAUGAUGGUGGUGACAUGGACAUUGGUGUGGAUCUCAGUCUCGAUGAGAGCGGAGUGUUGGAGGCCGAAUCGACAAAUGACAGAUUAUUAACGGACAAUGCUGCUGAUUCGGAGUCCACGGCUCAGGAUGUCCCUGCUGGCGGCACGGUAGAGAGCCCGUCAGAUGCCAUCCAGACGAGCGGCUCGGAAGCCUCUGCCACAGACCAAGCUGGACUGUACCCAUCUGUGGAGGAGGGGAACGAUAAACACAAACCAAGUGGCAAACGGGUGACGUUUCCCUCAGAUGAGGAUAUUAUCUCUGGAGCAGUGGAGCCCAAAGACCCCUGGAGACAUGCCCAGAAUGUGACGAUGGAGGAGAUCCUCUCUUCCUACAAACAAGCGUGUCAGAAACUCAACUGUAAACUCAUACCCAAAGUGCUCAAACAGAUACAGGAACUGAAAGACCUGACUCAGCGAAAUGAAUGCUUAGAUCUGAAAGGUGAGAAGCUGGACUACAAAGCAUGUGAGUCUCUGGAAGAGAUUUUGAAGAGGGUCCAGUUUAAAGUGAUAGACCUGGAGCAAACCAACCUGGAUGAAGAUGGUGCAUCAGCUCUGUUUGACAUGAUUGAGUACUAUGAGUCAGCCACGCAUCUCAACAUCUCCUUCAACAAGCACAUUGGCACACGGGGAUGGCAAGCAGCAGCUCACAUGAUGAGAAAGACGAGCUCUCUGCAGUAUCUGGAUGCACGUAACACUCCUCUGCUGGACCACUCGGCUCCCUUUGUAGCUCGAGCUCUCAGGAUCAGCGGCAGCCUGGCGGUCCUCCACCUAGAGAACGCCAGUCUGUCCGGCAGACCGCUCAUGUUACUUGCUACGGCUCUGAAGAUGAACAUGAACCUGCGGGAGUUGUACCUGGCGGACAACAAGCUCAAUGGCCUGCAGGACUCGGCCCAACUUGGCAACUUGCUGAAGUUCAACUACAACAUUCAGAUCCUGGACCUGCGCAACAACCACAUCCUGGACUCUGGUCUGGCCUACGUGUGCGAAGGACUAAAAGAGCAGAGGAAAGGCCUCGUCACGUUGGUCCUGUGGAACAACCAGCUCACUCACAACGGCAUGGGCUACCUUGCUGCUGCACUGCCAUGCACCCAGAGCCUGGAGACUCUGAACCUCGGCCAUAACUCUGUGGGGAAUGAAGGGGUCCACAAGCUGAAGGACGGACUGAUUACCAACCGCUCCGUGCUCCGACUGGGCCUCGCUUCCACCAAACUGUCCUGCGAAGGAGCUGUGGCUGUGGCCGAAUUUAUUGCUGAGAGCCCCAGGCUGCUACGCCUAGACCUUCGAGAGAAUGAGAUCAAGACGGGUGGGCUGAUGGCCCUGUCACUCGCCCUAAAAGUCAACACCUCUCUGCUGCGCCUCGACCUGGACCGGGAGCCCAAGAAGGAAACUGUGAAGAGUUUCAUUGAGACCCAGCGUGCCUUGCUGGCUGAGAUCCAGAAUGGCUGCAAGAGAAACUUCAUACUGGCCAAAGAAAAGGAGGAAACAGAGCAGCAGAUGAGGCAGUCGGCAUCCAUGGCCGAAAUAGCCACAGAGGAUGGCACCAGAGAAGAAGAAGAAGAGGAGGAGGGGGAACCAAUAUCAAAAGAGGGCGGGGACAAAGAGGUGACGGAGCGAGAACAAAAAGGUGGAACAACAGGGAAUGAAGAAGAGUCCAGCAGCCAGUCACGAGAGAGCACUGAGACGAGCCUUCCUCAAAUGAUCCUGGACUCCGACUCAGACACUGAGGAUGAGGAUGAGGAGGUGGUAACUAAGUCAGCUUCCUCGUCGAACCCCUCAACCCGGUUCAACCAGACUAAUCCUCAAACCAACAAAGGGGUGGCCCCGCCCCUCCUCAGUGCCUCGUGUAUGCCCUCACCCCUCUCGGCCUCUCCCACGGGUGGACCGUGUGCCAUUUCCUGCAUCACUGUCUCAGAAUCUGCCGUUGCUCCGGGCACGCCGCCAUCUCCUGGUCGAUGUAUAUCUGUUUCUAGUCCUGGGAGGGGUCACAAGAUCUUCAUGGUAACCCGGGUCGAGAGCCCACCUGAGCAGCAGCAGCAGCAGCAACAGAUCCAGGCAGGUGUACAUGCUGCUCCCAGCCGUGGUGAAGAGGCCUCAAAGAAGCCUGUAGACGGGAACACGCCCCCGACCCAGCAGACACCGCCCUCGUCCAAAGCAGCUACACAAACACAACUGACUCUAGGAGACGUGAAAGCGAGCUCACCUGCUCCGCUAAUAGACUGUAAACUCCCAGAGCAGAGUCCUGUAGCCCACGUAGAGUCUGCACUAAAUAUGACGCGAGGGCCACAGUCAGCCAGUCAACCCACAGAGGAUGUGAUCGCUAGCACUUUAGAUCCAGAAGGGACCGAUACAAGUCAACAAGCACCAGCCAUGCCUUCAAAGUCCUCGUCGGUGCAGGCUGCAGCAUUUCAGCUCACUGAGGAGGUAAUAGAGAGCAUUAAACGCCCUGAGCUUCAGCCCACCCGGGUAGAAAUAAAGCAGAGAGAAGAGGAGGAGGAAGAAGAUGACAGACAGGUGAGCACAGAAGGAGGGUGUAAACUAUUGGAUGAACCGAGUCCAACCCAGACUAGUAUCCCUGUGGUACAAACCCAGCAGCAGGUUUUUCCAUCUGCUCUGGAAAACCUACAGGAUGAGCCAACUUUUGCAUCGGAGGCUCGUUCACAGAACCAAAUGGAGGAAGAGAAAGAGGAGCCACUUCUACAGAGAGACCACGAAGGACCGGUCGACUUGUCGGUAGAUGAAAUAUCCGGUUUACCAGAGAAAGGGUCCACCCAGUCAGGCCAAGAGGAGCAGCAAGCCGAGGCAGACGAGACUGUCCUCUCUGCCCAGGCUGAUGAACAGGAGCCGUCUGUCCCUCAAGGUGCAGCCCAGGAGUUAAAUCCUCAUGCAGAGGAAGCCUCAAAGAGUCCAGAACCCGCCACGACAGAGUCCGUGUCCCCAGGCAAAGACGAGGCUUCACCUGAUGAGAGCUCUGCAGACGAGGACGAGUGCUUUGCCGAUGCUCAGGAGGAGGAGGAGGAGGAGGAGGAGGAGGACAACGACGACGACGAAGAGGAGGAGAUAGUUGGUUCAGCUCUACCCAACGGCCUGAAGCCCGAGUUCUCCCUUCAUCUUCUGGACCCUGAGAGCCCAAAGCCCGGCAGCUGUGUGAUGGAGCACGUGAGUGUCCGCUGUGGACAUGACCUGGAGGAGCUGCUCCUAGAAGCCAGUUUGGAGGCGGGUAGAGAGAUGCCAUGAGGGUGUGAGGGACGGUGAGGACAAGAGAAAACAGCACAGUCUGUCUGGCUCUACUACGUGACUGGUUGCCCUACAAUGUUUAUGUUUUUUCUUCGACUUUACCAGCAACACAACCUUUCCUCAAAGGACAGAAGACCUGGUGUGACGGUUUAAGCUCUCUGAAAAUUUAAGCAAAUUAUGGAAAGACGAUAGGACAGAAUCAACUCCUAGAGCGUUGCUGUGACAAAUAAGGAGCCCUCCACACCCACAUUACAUUGACCACUGAAACACAUGCAUACAUUAAUGCACAUUAUGAGGAAGAGAAAUGAAAUCCCCAUGUUAUCACUACAUUUUGUUAAUCGGACAUCAUUACACAGGAGCAGCCGCGAGUGAGAAAAAAGAGAGCGCAGGAUGAAACACUAACCAAAGACAGAACACAGACCUUUUCCUCUUGCUCUCGUGUAGAUUUCCACUGUAGUUGGGGAAAUAUCCUGCAAUAUACGUUUUUUUUUUUCUUUGUUUUUUCUUCUCUUUAUAAAGUACACACACAGACCUAACAGGGAUGACAAGAAACGCAGGCUUGAUGACAGUCACAAGACAACGUAACUGUGAUGGACCCUGCUGAGCAGGCCUGCUGGCUUUAAACAUUAGUUCUGGAGGUGGAAUUAGGCCAAUGUCAAAGGCUUUUAUAUCUGAGGAAGCUGAAGAUGAUCACAUGUCUGUUAAAAUGUCAAUGUGUGUUGUGUCUGUCCCCACUCCCGACCAUUUCUCGCCCCAGGGGCGGUAAAACAGAAGCUCUUAUGGGACCUCUGCCAAAGUGACCUCCCACUUUGUGUGUUUCCUCAUCCUCUGCUCACUUUGGCCCCUCAGGAAAUCAGUGUCUCCCGCCACUCGAUCUCCUCAGAUCAGAUGUGGUAGAGCCGUCUCUACACCUGCCUUUUUAAACGCUUUUGGAAAGUGGCAAUCGGUUAUUUGGCUCCGAGCUGAAAAAUUACAGAAGUUCUGCAUAUGUCGGAAAGCAAGAUGUCCGCUGAGUUCAUUUACAUAUUUCUUUCUUCUCAAUUCUCUGAAACGUUCAAGCACUAUUAAUGCUUUGUUCGACCAGUCAUUCUUGUGUUUAACUCUUCCAAGAAAAGCAGCUUAGUGUUUGCCGUCAUCUCUCCACUCCCUCUUCCUGUCUUCUACUAGUACUUUAUAGCAUCACUGCUGCAGCUCAUCAUUCAUGUUGCCUUCAAAACUCACCACUUUGGAUUCGGUCAUUUUUCUGUUGGGCUGCUUUAAGAAAUUAGUUAUUUUCUAUUUAUUUCAUAGCCUCAUGAGCUUCUAGUUUUCCCAUUUUCUUCUUCACCUACAUCCUCAUUUUACUUUUCUUUUCCAUUUUGGGGGUUGCUUUUUAAAGAUUAACCCCACUUUGAUGUAUAUUUCAAAUUCAAACUAGAGCAAAUAUUAUUUUUUUUUGGGGUGGGGCAGUGUAAUCUUUGUUGGAAGGAAAGGUGACUAUGACUGGAAGGUUGACUAUGCUAGCAGUUGGGGUGCAGUAACAAAAGCAAACAGCAGUAGAAAUUUGAGUUGAUUAGAACCCUGCUGUGUGGCGCUUUGGCCAUGAGGGGGCGCUGGGGGGGGCCGCCAUGUUUUCCCACAACGACACAGAAGUCAAGGACGCCACACGGCAGGAGACGAUGUCGGCACUCACAUCCAACUCCUGUCUUGAAUGUUCCAAAGCAAGAACUUAAACAAGCAAAUUUACAUGACUUGUCAACUUCAUGUAUGUUUGUAGAAAGAUGCUUUGAAUCAUUCCCUGAAACAGGUGGAUCGGUGGUUUGUUUUUCUUAUGAGGAGCACCGUUCAACCUCCCUGCUCCGCUCCACCCGACAGAUCCUCCCACUGUUUGUUAUGCUUUGAAUUUUAGAAAAUUUUAAAUGAUAAUUUGUUAACUUAAUUGAAAACUGCUGGUAAUCACAAGGAUAUGUAUGGGCGAAAUUUGUUCCUCUCAAAUAAAUGCAUGUAAUGACUAAAUGAUAUGACUGGAUGUUUUAAUGUCUGUACUCUGCCAAUGGGAAAAUGUGAGCAUUGAUCAAGUUUGAUCAAGAUACAGCUGGUCCCCUCUGCUCGAUGUUUUGUGGAGUCAAUAUAUCACUUCACUCAAAACAGUUGUAGAUAUUUGAUGCACUGUUCAAACCCGGUUUUAUUUUUCACUUUCUAUUGGUUUCUAUCAGUGCCAAAAGUACAGAUCAUCGCAUCUUUUUUGAUUCAGUCCACAGACUGCUGCUGUCUGUAGUGUCAUUUUAGUAUAUUAUUAUUUUCAUUAUUAUUAGUGUCAAGUUGGAUGUUUAAGUUUUGCGGUCACAAUUGCGACUGUCAAAUACAUUUUCCCGGUUUCCUAUCCGGUCCCAUGUUUCAUUAUUCAUGUACCUGUUGAAUGUUAUAUCUGAUGAAAAAUCAUUCCUGUAAAACACAGAAAUAUUUUUGAUGACUCCAGUGAUGCGACAGACCGGCCCAUCGAAUAGAACCGCACAAGUUGUUCGCAUUUAAAACAACAAAACCUUAGUUCCAAAGCGAGGAACUAACACACACACACACACACACACACACGUCGCCACAGCAGUUUAAGACUUCCCGACUCACCACUGCGUUACCUUGUCAGUGGAGAAUCUUUUUUACAUUGUGAAUCCAGCAGCCACAUUUCAAGCCUCCCUUUGAUUCUGCUACUAAAUCAAAAUCUGCUUAUCCAGAAAACCCUCUAAUAUUUUGUGUCAUGCAAUAAUUUGGAGUCUACAUGUCUUUUAAGCCUUUUAAAAAAUUAUAUUCCGUCAAAAACAAUAAGCUCUCACUCCCUGAUGUCUCCUGGAGUGAGGGUGUGUAGUGAUGGCGGGACUUUGAGCUCUGCUCUGUGUGUGAAGAAUUCCACACGGCACUAAUCCACUCCCACCCAGCACUGCUUUGAUAAUGACAGAAAGUCAAGACUUCAUUGCUUACCCAGAAAAUAAAGGUCUCUUUAUAGCUUGAAUAUUGGAAGUGUGUACAGAGGAAAGGCUACUUUGAGCAUCUAUAAGAAUGUUGUGCAAUCAUACAGUCAUUGUCCAACUCUCUCAGAACACCUUUAGUGUCCGCUUCAUAUCACCAUGACUUGAGUCAAUAAAGGUCUGGCUUCUUGAACCUC